AGAAGCCUGUAAAGCAAAUCAGUUCUUUCCUUCUGUUCUCACAUAACUGCUAAAAAGCUGCAGUUUCAGUUUCUGGAGUCCUAGGAUUUAAACCUGACAAGGAAUAUACAGGAUACUUAAAAUUGUACAGGAGUAUUGGGAAACAAAUACGUUUGGUUUGGAUCAGUCCUGUUGCUUUCUAGAAUAAUAGCUGGAAUCCAAACACACACUACAAUGAAUCACCGCUUCUCGAAACACUGGAUAUUGAUGAUUCCUCUCCUAUGGCCUUGCCUAAAAGUUGCAGAGACCUUGGAAGCAGAGAAGGCUCAGAGAGCAGUACCAUCUCCUGGGAGAGCUAAGCGUGGCUGGGUGUGGAACCAAUUUGUUGUACCAGAGGAAAUGGAUACUAUCCAACAUGUUGGACAGCUAAGAUCUGACUUAGACAAUGGAAACAACUCUUUCCAGUACAAGCUACUGGGGACUGGUGCUGGAAGUUUUAGCAUUGACGAAAGAACAGGUGACAUAUUUGCCAUACAGAAGCUUGAUAGAGAGGAACAAUCCCUCUACAUCCUGCGAGCCCAGGUAAUAGACACCACUAUUGGAAAGGCUGUGGAACCUGAGUCUGAGUUUGUCAUCAGAGUUUCGGAUAUCAAUGACAAUGAACCCAGAUUCCUAGAUGAACCUUAUGAGGCCAUUGUACCUGAGAUGUCUCCAGAAGGAACAUUUGUCAUCAAGGUGACAGCCAAUGACGCAGAUGAUCCUUCAACUGGCUAUCAUGCUCGCAUCCUGUACAACUUAGAACGAGGCCAGCCAUACUUUUCUGUUGAGCCAACAACAGGAGUCAUAAGGAUAUCUUCUAAAAUGGAUAGAGAGUUGCAAGAUACAUACUGUGUAAUUCUUCAAGCCAAGGACAUGCUUGGUCAGCCUGGAGCCUUGUCUGGAACAACGACCAUAUCAAUUAAACUGUCAGAUAUUAAUGACAACAAGCCAAUAUUCAAAGAAAGUUUCUACCGCUUCACUGUAUCUGAAUCUGCACCCAGUGGAACAUCUAUAGGGAAAAUUAUGGCAUAUGAUGAUGACAUAGAAGAGAAUGCAGAGAUGGAGUACAGCCUUGAAGAUGAUGAUUCAAAAAUAUUUGACAUAAUUAUUGACAGUGAGACCCAAGAAGGGAUAGUUAUACUUAAAAAGCAAGUUGAUUUUGAGCACCAGAGUCACUAUGGCAUUAGAGCUAAAGUUAAAAACUGCCAUGUUGAUGAAGAGCUUGCACCGGCUCACGUUAACGCCUCCACAACCUACAUUAAAGUUCAAGUCGAGGAUGAAGAUGAACCUCCUGUUUUCCUCUUACCGUAUUACAUAUUUGAAAUUCCUGAAGGAAAACCUCAUGGAACAAUCGUAGGGACAGUUUCUGCCAUAGACCCAGAUCGAAGACAAUCUCCUAUGAGAUAUUCUCUCACUGGGAGCAAAAUGUUUGAUAUCAAUGACAAUGGAACAAUAAUAACCACUAAUGUGCUUGACAGAGAGGUCAGUGCUUGGUACAACUUGAGUGUCACAGCUACUGAAACAUACAAUAUACAACAGAUCUCUUCAGCUCAUGUUUUUGUACAAGUUUUUAAUAUUAACGACAAUGCUCCUGAGUUCUCGCAAUUCUAUGAGACUUAUGUUUGUGAAAAUGCUGAAUCUGGUGAGAUAAUUCAGAUCAUCAGUGCAAUCGAUAGAGAUGAGUCCAUAGAAGAUCACCAUUUUUACUUUAAUCAUUCUGUGGAAGACACAAACAACUCAAGUUUUAUGCUAACAGACAAUCAAGAUAACACAGCUGUAAUUCUGAGUAAUAGAACUGGUUUUAGCCUUAAAGAAGAGCCUGUCUUCUACAUGAUCAUCUUGAUUGCUGAUAACGGAAUCCCAUCUCUUACAAGCACAAACACUCUCACUAUACAAGUCUGUGACUGUGGAGACAGUGGAAACACAGAGACUUGUGCUAAGAAGGGACUUCUCUUUAUCAUGGGAUUCAAAACAGAAGUAAUAAUUGCCAUCCUGUUAUGUGUCAUGGUAAUAUUUGGGUUUAUCUUUUUGAUUCUUGCUCUGAAACAUCAAAGAAAGGAAACCCUAUUUCCAGAGAAAACUGAAGAUUUUAGAGAGAAUAUAUUUUGCUAUGACGAUGAAGGAGGUGGGGAAGAAGACUCAGAAGCCUUUGAUAUUGUAGAGCUGAGACAGAGUACUGUCAUGAGAGAAAGAAAGCUACAGAGGAGCAAGAGUGCAGAGAUCAGGAGCCUGUACAGGCAGUCCCUGCAGGUGGGUCCAGACAGCGCCAUAUUUCGAAAAUUUAUCCAAGAGAAGCUUGAAGAAGCCAACACAGAUCCAUGUGCUCCCCCCUUUGACUCACUACAGACAUUUGCUUAUGAGGGCACAGGGUCAUCAGCUGGCUCUCUGAGCUCCUUGGAGUCCAGAGCCGCUGAUCAGGAGGAUGACUUUGACUACCUUAAUGACCUGGGACCUCGUUUUAAGAGAUUAGCAUGCAUGUUUGGUUCUGCAAUGCAAUCCAACAAUUAAAGCUUUCCAAUAUUACCACGCAACAAAUAUUAAGGUAUAUUUACAUAAAAUGACAGGCUUUUGGGAGAGUUUCCUACUCUGGAUUUCUGCUGGCAGGAGAUCUGAUUUGUAGAAUUAUGAUCUUUUCAAGUACACACUUAUAGUGAUUUCCUACUCUACACAGAGAUUGGGAGGCAUGCGACCAAUCAGAAUUGAUAUAUCGCUGUAAAGAAUGAGUACUACAGCACCAAGAUGGUCACAUAUGUAAUCCAAUGUAUAUUCUCACCAAUUUUGAAGGACAAAAUGAGAAAUGUCUCAAGGAAAGCUAUCCUCCUAAUUUUCCAUCUAUUCAUUCUUUUACAAAGCAUGAAGCCUCUAUAUGUACUAAACUCUUGAUACAGGGUAGAGAUGAAUUUUAACAAGGAGAAUUCUGUGUGGUUUCAUAAAGGUAUAUAAAUAUUUCCUUUAUAUGAAUAACCAGUUUUCUGAUUGAGAUCGCAUGCAGUAUUAGGAACCUUUUAAAAUGGUUGCAGAGAUUAUUCUUUAAAACUCCAAAUUUGGCUCUAUUUAAUACAUGAAUUAAUAGGAGCUAUAUAGUAACUUGUGUUGUUUGAUUACUCUGAUUUUGCACAAAGAAGGAAACCAAGAGAAAUGCUUAGGGGACUUUAUAGAUAAUUUUUUAGCAACUCCAAAUGAGUAUACUUUUCAUAUAAAAUUACAAUAACCAAAUAUAUGUCAACAUUUACUUGUGGUUAAAUUUUCACUAGAGGAAUUGAUGGAAUGUACAAAAAUUUUAAGUUCAGUUUGCUUUCUAUUAAAAUUGGGAUAGCUAAAUAAGAGAUCUAUUGGAUUCAAAUUUGAAUUAUAAUUUUCCCAAAUAUUAUAAUCACCUUCAAUGUCUAUCACUAUUCAUGCAAAGAAAAACAUGAUGCCAGUCCCUUCCUUUUUUUUUU